UUCCCCCUGCUCCCCCCCUUUUUUGGGGGCUGGGAGGGUCUCGGUGCGCGGUCAGACGUUGGCUGCCGGCACUGAUGUGAGAUCCGUGAGGAAAAGGAAGAGCUGCGGGCCGGGAGCGCAGCCUUCAGUGCGAGCAGCUGCUGCCGCAGAGCGCCUAUGGAGCAUCGCGCCAGCGCGCCUGCUGGCUGCCCGCGCUCUGCCCUGGCUUUUUGUCGGGUGCCUGAGGUCUGUUUGGAGGAUGGGGAUGUCCUUAUUUUGGCCAGAACUGUUUUUGUGUGUGUGUUUUUCUUGAAAGUGUCAAAAUACCUGCAGAGCUUUAGUUUGAACGAGGACAUGGCAGACACAGCACCAGCAGAGGGGACUCAUCUCAGGACUACCUGCUGCCAGCUGUUCAAUUCCAGCAUGAGGGAUGAAGCAAGAAGGCUGAGGACUUUCUCACAGUGGCCACGCAGCUCACCAGUGUCUGCCUGGGAUUUAGCCAAGGCUGGCUUUUUCUUUGUGGGUCCAGGAGAUCAAGUACAGUGCUUCAGCUGCGGUGGCAUCCUGAAAGACUGGGAGCCUGGUGAUUGCCCAAUAGUGGAGCACCUGAAGUUCUUCCCUUUCUGUAAAUUCAUUUAUCAUGGAGCUGUUUGGAAUCAACAGGUUCCUCUUCAGGGAGUUUUUGACAGUGUAGAUGGGCAGUUCCUCAGCCUCUUGCAGAGGAUAGACAGUGAGGAGACAGCCCUGCCCAACCAACCAGAAUACCCAGAAAUGGUCACAGAGGAGAUGAGACUAUCAACGUUUCAGAACUGGCCACAGUAUACUGAGAUGCAUCCUGAGCAACUGGCUAGAGCAGGGUUCUUCUACACAGGCCAAGGUGAUGUGGUGAGGUGUUUUUAUUGUGAUGGAGGUAUGAGGAACUGGGCAUUUGGAGAUGACCCUUGGAGGGAACAUGCCAAAUGGUAUCCAAGGUGUGAAUUCUUGUUGCGAUCAAUGGGGAGAGAAUUUGUUAGCAGUGUUCAAGAGUCCUUUGCCGGCACUCCACCUCCAAGAGAUUCCAGGGACCAGAUGGGACAAGGGUCCUCUGCUUACCAAGAUCUUUUAAGGAACUGGAAGUUGCAGACUCUUCCUUCUCUGGAUCAGUUUUCUGUAGCACAGAAUGUCCUGGAGAUGGGCUUUAACCCUGCCUGGGUUGCUAGCUUGGUAGAGAAUAAAUACAUAUUGACUGGGACUUUCUACCUUUCUGAGUCUGAACUGAUUUCUGAUCUGCUUCGGCCAGAAUGGGAAGAGAGCAGCAGUGCAAAGGAAAACAGAGAUGCGGUUCAGAGAGAGACUGAAACAUCAAGUUCAAGAGGAGAAAUGCAACCUGUGCAACAAAAAGAGGAGUCUCCAUUGAGCACAGAAGAACAGCUCCGACGCUUGCAAGAAGAAAGGAUGUGCAAAGUGUGCAUGGACAGGGAUGUGUCUGUUGUAUUUGUUCCCUGUGGCCACCUGGUAGCUUGUGGAGAAUGUGCCCUCAACUUGAGACUGUGUCCUAUCUGCAGAGCAGUCAUCCGAGGAAGUGUGAGGACUUUCAUGUCCUGAACCACAGUGUGCAAAAAGGAAAAACAAGUGUCUAAAAUAUUCUCCUAUGCCAGCAGAGAAAGAAACAAUUUGUUACUUGAGCUGUCUUAUUUGCAGGAUAGCUUGGCCUAAAACUCCUUUCUAUGCAGAAUGCUUCUGGUAAGAGCUGCUGAUUAGUUCUGAUCUUGCUGUAGGACUGCUGCAGAAAAACUAUGCCAGUUUGUUUUUGUCCUUCAAAAUGAGGUUUUUGCUGGAGGUAGUCCUCCAAAUACUUGAGGAUCUCUUUUCUGUACUGAAAACAAGAGCUGUUUUCAGCAGUCUGUCUGGUUCUUUUCAUUUAGGAGUUUAGAGAAUAUCCUGCUAGGGCUGAUGGAUUCCUUCAGAAGUGUGAGUAAAGUUAGAGUAACUUUAUACCAAAUGCAUCCUGUAGUAGCUAGGAUGCUCAGUAGGAAUGGGGGAAGGGGGAAGUAGAAAGGAGAAUCUAGUUCUUCUGAGGUUGUCUUCUGAUUUUUUUUUUGUUGAAUUUUCAACAGUUGGAGAAACUAUUUUUAACAGUACUCAAAUCUACUUAACCCUGUUCUGUUUCUCCAACCUCUGCUCUCAGCUCAUUAUCCUUCUAGACAGAUGUUGAGAGACUCUCCAAUGCUCUUGGUCACAGGAUGAUCUGAAUCUUUCUUGUGAGGCCUCUUUGCUGUCUGUUAGGGACUAGACUUUUGCUAAGAGAACUUUUUUCAAAGGAAACUUUUCUAGGGCUUCUGUUUGCUGGCUAAACCAGUUUUUAAUUUAAAUAUAAUACUCUAUCCUGUAGCAACAGACUUGUAAGCAUGCUAACUGCAGGGAAGAUGGUUUUUAAAAUUUUCUGUUCUGUUUAACUGAAUAAAAGGCUUGUCUCAUGAA